AUGCAUACUAAAUAGAAAGCCUUUGGGUUAUUGUUACUCUUUAUGUUUUCUGGUGUUUAAGUAAUGACACAAGAUUUGACUGAAGAAUAAAGAAAGCUUUUGGAAUAAUCUUAAGAAACACAUGAAUUUUAAGCAGAAACAGGUAGAUUGAUGGAUAUCCUUAUUAAUUCUCUAUAUACUUAAAAGGAAAUCUUUCUAAGAGAAUUAAUUUCGAAUGCGGCUGAUGCACUUGAUAAAAUUCGAUUUUUGAGUGUAAAGAAUCCAGAAAUUUUGGGUGAUAAAACUGAAUUAGCAAUUAGAAUUGAAAUAAAUACAGAAGAAAAAUCUGUUUCUGUUACAGAUAGUGGUAUUGGUAUGACAAAGAAUGAUUUAAUAUCAAAUUUGGGUACAAUUGCAAAAUCAGGAACCACUUAAUUUAUUGAAGCUAUUAAAGGAGGUAAUGUAAAUUUGAUUGGUUAAUUUGGUGUUGGUUUUUAUUCAUGUUUCUUGGCAGGUUAAAAGGUUACAGUUGCAUCAAAAAAUACAGAUGAUGAAUAAUACAUAUGGGAAUCAUAAGCAGCGCAUUCAUUUGCAAUAUCAAAAGAUCCUAGAGGAAAUACAUUAGGUCGUGGUACAUAAGUUACUAUUCAUUUGAAAUAAGAUGCUGUUGAAUUUGCAGAAGAAAGUACAAUUAAAGAAUUAAUCAAAAAAUAUUCAGAAUUUAUAAAUUUCCCUAUUUAUUUGAAAGUGACUAGGGAAGUUUCAAAAUAAGUAGAAGAAGAACCUGAAUAAUAAGAUUAAUAAGAAAAUACAGAUGAUGAUGAAGUAAAAGUUAAAGAUGAUGAUGAUGAUGCAGAUACAAAGAAGAAAGCUACUAAAACAAUUAAAGAGAAAGUAUCAGAAUGGGUUUAAAUUAAUGAAAAUAAGGCUAUAUGGUUGAGACCAAAAGAAGAGAUUUCUGAUGAUGAUUAUAAGAAAUUCUAUAAAGUAUUAUCAAAGAAUUCAGGUGAAGAUCCUUUUAAUUGGGUUCAUUUUAAAGCAGAAGGAGAAGUUGAAUUUACAUCUCUUAUUUAUGUUCCAAAGAGAGCACCAAGUGAUAUGUUUGAUAAUUAUUAUGGUAAAUAAACAACAAAUUUGAAAUUAUAUGUAAGAAGAGUAUUAAUUAGUGAAGAAUUUGAAGAUAUACUUCCAAGAUAUUUAAGUUUUGUUAAAGGUGUUAUUGAUUCAGAUGAAUUACCAUUAAAUGUUAAUAGAGAAACACUUUAAUAACUUAAAAUGUUAAAGGUUAUAAGUAGAAAGAUAGUUAAGAAGAUUUUAGAAUUAUUCUAAGAUGCUGCUUCUUAUGAUGAUGAAGAUGAAGAAGAUACAGAAGAAGGUGAAGAAGAUGAUAAUAUGGCAGAAACUACACCUGAAGAAUAAUAAAGAUUGAAAGAUGAAAAGAGAAAAAAGAAAAUUGAUGAGUAUAAUGAAUUUUGGAAAGAAUAUGGAAAGAAUAUUAAAUUGGGUGUUAUUGAAGAUUCUUCAAAUAGAUAGAAAUUGGCUGAAUUAACAAGGUAUUUUAAUAUUUUAUAUUUAUUAGAUGGUACUCAAGUAAAAAUUCAACUGAAUUAACAUCAUUUGAUGAUUAUAUUGAGAGAACUAAACCAGGAUAAGAUUCAAUCUAUUAUUUAGCUGGUGAAAACAAGGAAUAAUUAUUAGCUUCACCAAUUAUAUAAGGAUUAUUAAAGAAAGGAUAUGAAGUAUUAUUAUUAGAUGAUCCAGUUGAUGAAUUUACAUUUUAACAUUUAAAUGAAUACAAAUAAAAAAAAUUAGUUAAUGUAGGAAAAGGUGAUUUCAAAUAACCAGAAGAUAAUGAUGAAUAAAGAAAGAAAUAAAAGGCUUUAAAGAAAGUAUUUUAACCUUUGACUGAUUGGUGGAGAAAAUUAUUAUCAGAAAGUGUUGAUUCAGUUAUCAUUUCAUAAAGAUUAAUUGAUGAUCCAAUUAUUGUUGUUUCAUCUGAAUCAGGAUAUUCUGCAAAUAUGGAAAGAAUUUCAAAAGCUUAAGCUUAUUCAAGUAAAGGUGGUUCACAUUAAUUUGGUAAGAAGAUUGUAGAAAUCAAUCCAAAUCAUUAAGCAAUCUAAGAAUUAUUAUAAAGAGUGAAAGAUGAUCCAGAUUAAGAAACAGAAGAAAUGGCUAGAGUAUUAUAUGAAGCUGCUUUAGUUAAUUCAGGUAUUUAAUAUAUAUAUAUAUUUUAGGUUAUUCUAUUCCUAAUCCUGAAAAGUUUGCUAGUAGAUUCUAUAAAUUAUUUAAUUCUGCUUUGGGUAUUGAUAGAGAUGCUCCAGUCAAAGAAUUCGAAGUAGAAAUCGAAGAAGAACCAGAAACUUCAUCAGAACCACCUCAAAGUGAAGAUGGAACUAAAUGGGAAAAAGUAAAUACAGAUGAUGCUUAAUGGGAAACUGUANCAAAAGAAGAGAUUUCUGAUGAUGAUUAUAAGAAAUUCUAUAAAGUAUUAUCAAAGAAUUCAGGUGAAGAUCCUUUUAAUUGGGUUCAUUUUAAAGCAGAAGGAGAAGUUGAAUUUACAUCUCUUAUUUAUGUUCCAAAGAGAGCACCAAGUGAUAUGUUUGAUAAUUAUUAUGGUAAAUAAACAACAAAUUUGAAAUUAUAUGUAAGAAGAGUAUUAAUUAGUGAAGAAUUUGAAGAUAUACUUCCAAGAUAUUUAAGUUUUGUUAAAGGUGUUAUUGAUUCAGAUGAAUUACCAUUAAAUGUUAAUAGAGAAACACUUUAAUAACUUAAAAUGUUAAAGGUUAUAAGUAGAAAGAUAGUUAAGAAGAUUUUAGAAUUAUUCUAAGAUGCUGCUUCUUAUGAUGAUGAAGAUGAAGAAGAUACAGAAGAAGGUGAAGAAGAUGAUAAUAUGGCAGAAACUACACCUGAAGAAUAAUAAAGAUUGAAAGAUGAAAAGAGAAAAAAGAAAAUUGAUGAGUAUAAUGAAUUUUGGAAAGAAUAUGGAAAGAAUAUUAAAUUGGGUGUUAUUGAAGAUUCUUCAAAUAGAUAGAAAUUGGCUGAAUUAACAAGGUAUUUUAAUAUUUUAUAUUUAUUAGAUGGUACUCAAGUAAAAAUUCAACUGAAUUAACAUCAUUUGAUGAUUAUAUUGAGAGAACUAAACCAGGAUAAGAUUCAAUCUAUUAUUUAGCUGGUGAAAACAAGGAAUAAUUAUUAGCUUCACCAAUUAUAUAAGGAUUAUUAAAGAAAGGAUAUGAAGUAUUAUUAUUAGAUGAUCCAGUUGAUGAAUUUACAUUUUAACAUUUAAAUGAAUACAAAUAAAAAAAAUUAGUUAAUGUAGGAAAAGGUGAUUUCAAAUAACCAGAAGAUAAUGAUGAAUAAAGAAAGAAAUAAAAGGCUUUAAAGAAAGUAUUUUAACCUUUGACUGAUUGGUGGAGAAAAUUAUUAUCAGAAAGUGUUGAUUCAGUUAUCAUUUCAUAAAGAUUAAUUGAUGAUCCAAUUAUUGUUGUUUCAUCUGAAUCAGGAUAUUCUGCAAAUAUGGAAAGAAUUUCAAAAGCUUAAGCUUAUUCAAGUAAAGGUGGUUCACAUUAAUUUGGUAAGAAGAUUGUAGAAAUCAAUCCAAAUCAUUAAGCAAUCUAAGAAUUAUUAUAAAGAGUGAAAGAUGAUCCAGAUUAAGAAACAGAAGAAAUGGCUAGAGUAUUAUAUGAAGCUGCUUUAGUUAAUUCAGGUAUUUAAUAUAUAUAUAUAUUUUAGGUUAUUCUAUUCCUAAUCCUGAAAAGUUUGCUAGUAGAUUCUAUAAAUUAUUUANCAAAAGAAGAGAUUUCUGAUGAUGAUUAUAAGAAAUUCUAUAAAGUAUUAUCAAAGAAUUCAGGUGAAGAUCCUUUUAAUUGGGUUCAUUUUAAAGCAGAAGGAGAAGUUGAAUUUACAUCUCUUAUUUAUGUUCCAAAGAGAGCACCAAGUGAUAUGUUUGAUAAUUAUUAUGGUAAAUAAACAACAAAUUUGAAAUUAUAUGUAAGAAGAGUAUUAAUUAGUGAAGAAUUUGAAGAUAUACUUCCAAGAUAUUUAAGUUUUGUUAAAGGUGUUAUUGAUUCAGAUGAAUUACCAUUAAAUGUUAAUAGAGAAACACUUUAAUAACUUAAAAUGUUAAAGGUUAUAAGUAGAAAGAUAGUUAAGAAGAUUUUAGAAUUAUUCUAAGAUGCUGCUUCUUAUGAUGAUGAAGAUGAAGAAGAUACAGAAGAAGGUGAAGAAGAUGAUAAUAUGGCAGAAACUACACCUGAAGAAUAAUAAAGAUUGAAAGAUGAAAAGAGAAAAAAGAAAAUUGAUGAGUAUAAUGAAUUUUGGAAAGAAUAUGGAAAGAAUAUUAAAUUGGGUGUUAUUGAAGAUUCUUCAAAUAGAUAGAAAUUGGCUGAAUUAACAAGGUAUUUUAAUAUUUUAUAUUUAUUAGAUGGUACUCAAGUAAAAAUUCAACUGAAUUAACAUCAUUUGAUGAUUAUAUUGAGAGAACUAAACCAGGAUAAGAUUCAAUCUAUUAUUUAGCUGGUGAAAACAAGGAAUAAUUAUUAGCUUCACCAAUUAUUUAAGGAUUAUUAAAGAAAGGAUAUGAAGUAUUAUUAUUAGAUGAUCCAGUUGAUGAAUUUACAUUUUAACAUUUAAAUGAAUACAAAUAAAAAAAAUUAGUUAAUGUUGGAAAAGGUGAUUUCAAAUAACCAGAAGAUAAUGAUGAAUAAAGAAAGAAAUAAAAGGCUUUAAAGAAAGUAUUUUAACCUUUGACUGAUUGGUGGAGAAAAUUAUUAUCAGAAAGUGUUGAUUCAGUUAUCAUUUCAUAAAGAUUAAUUGAUGAUCCAAUUAUUGUUGUUUCAUCUGAAUCAGGAUAUUCUGCAAAUAUGGAAAGAAUUUCAAAAGCUUAAGCUUAUUCAAGUAAAGGUGGUUCACAUUAAUUUGGUAAGAAGAUUGUAGAGAUCAAUCCAAAUCAUUAAGCAAUCUAAGAAUUAUUAUAAAGAGUGAAAGAUGAUCCAGAUUAAGAAACAGAAGAAAUGGCUAGAGUAUUAUAUGAAGCUGCUUUAGUUAAUUCAGGUAUUUAAUAUAUAUAUAUAUUUUAGGUUAUUCUAUUCCUAAUCCUGAAAAGUUUGCUAGUAGAUUCUAUAAAUUAUUUAAUUCUGCUUUGGGUAUUGAUAGAGAUGCUCCAGUCAAAGAAUUCGAAGUAGAAAUCGAAGAUGAACCAGAAACUUCAUCAGAACCACCUCAAAGUGAAGAUGGAACUAAAUGGGAAAAAGUAAAUACAGAUGAUGCUUAAUGGGAAACUGUAAGUAAUGAUAAAAGAGAUGACUUAUGA